AUGGCGUCGAAUCACGAGAUUCCGCUCCUCCCGUCCCCAUCAUCCCGCCUCUCCCCGUCCUCUCGCGCGCAUCUUACGAACGUCGCGGGAGACUUGAGCCGCGAUUCCCGCUUCCGCCGGCACACCGCGUGGGUGUCGUUCACCCUAGCAGCCGCGCUGCUCCUUCUCUUGCUCGAGCUCGAAAUCCUUCCCUUGCCUUCGAACCACUCGCGUUCGUACACGUCAGAGUCCGACGUGGCUCACUCUCAGCCACGUGGACUCGCGGAACCGCGCGAAUUUGAGUUACCUUCGUACGCGAAUUCGUAUGAAAGUGAUUUCGUUCGUUUCAGUCGUUUUCGUGAUGAAGAGAGUGCUUCUAGUGAAAGCCUGAAGAGCUCGGAAAAAUGGCACAAGCGGGUAGUGCAGCUCCCCCGCCUGCGCGCGGAGCAGAGGCGCGCAAGGAAGGCGCAAAGGCAUGGGGGAAAACCGCCUGGUGAUGGCGCAGGGGGAAGCGGAAGGGGAGGCGUGGGGUUGCGCCUGUGGCCCAUGCCGGUGGAAAUAGCGGCGGAAGGGAGCGGAGAGGUUGUAGUCAGCCCGAACCUGAGGCUCGACAUUAGCUUCGGUGGAGGGCCGAGCCUGCUAAACGGGAGAAGGCGGGAGGUGAAUGCGGAGCUGCACAUGGGAGUGGACGAGAGCUACGAGCUAUCCAUCCCACAUGCACCGCCACAACUUGCUACCCGCCACGGGCAUGCCAUUGCCAACAUGUCUGCCACCAUUCGGGCCAGCACCACCAUUGGAGCAUUGCGAGCACUAGAGACCCUCUCCCAGCUCUGUGUGUUUGACUUCGUGGCUCGCGCGGUCACCAUCCGGGGCUCGCCCCUCCUCAUCCGCGAUGCCCCCCGCUUCCAGCACCGCGGGCUGCUCAUAGACACGGCGAGGCACUUCCUGCCAGUGCCGGUGAUGGAGAGGGUAAUUGACUCCAUGGCGUAUGCCAAGCUCAACGUGCUCCACUGGCACAUGGUGGACUCACAGUCCUUCCCCAUCGAGACGCCCUCCUUCCCUCGCCUCUGGCUCGGAGCUUUCUCUCCGUCUGAGCGCUACACCACAGAUGACAUGCGCCACAUCGUGCAAUACGCGGAGGAGAGGGGGGUGAUAGUGGUACCUGAACUCGAUUCACCUGCACACGCUGCCUCAUGGGGAGUGGGCUACCCAACGCUCCUGCCAGCUGCUGCCUGCCCCGAGCCUCUUGAUGUGUCCAACCCCUUCACCUUCCAACUCAUAAAAGGGGUGCUGCAAGACCUCCGUGCAGUGUUCAAGAGCUCCCACAUUCACCUGGGGGGAGACGAAGUCAGCUUUGAGUGUUGGAAUUCAUCUCCCGCCAUAAGUGCAUGGCUGCAGCAGCGCAAGCUGACAGCAGAGGGAGGCUAUGGUUACUUUGUGAGGCGCGUGCAGGCACUGGCCGUGGAGGCUGGAUGGCAGACCACUGUCGUGUGGGAGGAGCCAUUCAAGGUGUUUGGAGCAGACCUGGAUCCAGCCACCACCAUCGUGCAGAACUGGUUUGACACGGCUCUGCCGCCCGCAAUUGUGCAGUCUGGAUUCCGCAUGAUCUUCAGCAAUCUCAAUCUCGGCUGGUACCUUGACUUUGUUGACCGCACGUGGAGCGAGGUGUAUUCUCAGGAGCCAACAGCAGGGGUGCCAGAGGCGCUGCAGCACCUGGUGGUGGGCGGCGAGACGUGCAUGUGGGGGGAGCGGGUCGACCCGUCUGAUCUGCUCAACACUGUGUGGCCGCGCGCUGCUGCUGCUGCAGGUGAGAUGAUUGUGGUGCUGCAGCUGCCGCUGCUGCCGGAGGGGUGA